AUGUUUUUAUCACAGUUGGUAGUUUCCCUUGUGUUUGGAUUACUUGUCACUGCUUCUCCUAUAACUUCACCUCCUGGUUUCAUUGCACUAGACUUUGACAUUAUUAAAACGCAAAAGAAUAUCGUUCCCAAUGAGAAUAUCAUUGUUUCUAAAAGACAACCAGUUCCUGUAACUUUGAUAAAGGAACAAAUAGCUUAUGCGGCCGAGAUAACUAUUGGUUCAAAUAACCAGAAACAAACAGUUAUUAUUGAUACUGGAUCCUCUGAUUUAUGGGUAGUUGACAAAAAUGCCACGUGUGUUCGUAGAUUUGAACAACAAGUGCAAGAUUUUUGUAAAGCAAAUGGAACGUAUGAUCCAAUUACAUCUAGUUCUGCUAAAAAAUUAGGAACAGUUUUUGAUAUUAGCUAUGGAGAUAAAACCAAUUCUCUGGGAAAUUGGUAUAAGGAUACUAUUAAGAUUGGUGGGAUUACUAUUACUAACCAACAAUUUGCAAAUGUCAAAUCGACUUCUGUUGCUCAGGGAGUCAUGGGAAUUGGAUUCAAAACAAAUGAAGCUUCUAAUGUUACUUAUGAUAAUGUUCCCAUCACUUUGAAAAAACAAGGGAUAAUUUCCAAAAGUGCCUAUUCACUUUACCUAAAUUCAUCAGAUUCAACAACUGGUGAGAUAAUUUUUGGUGGGGUUGACAAUGCUAAAUAUACUGGUAAAUUAAUCGACUUGCCUGUUACUUCCAAUAGAGAAUUAAGAAUCUAUUUAAAUAGUCUUACUAUUGGUGUGACAAAUAUUUCUGCUUCAAUGGAUGUUCUUUUGGAUUCAGGUACUACUUUUACAUAUCUUCAACAAGAUGUAUUGCAACAUGUUGUUGACAAAUUUAAUGGACAACUAAUUCAUGAUGCUUUAGGUAAUCCCUUACAUCUUGUUGAUUGUGACUUACCAGGAAACAUUGAUUUUGAAUUUUCCAAUAGUUCAAAGAUUUCCGUACCAAGUUCUGAGUUUGCUGUUAAAUUAUAUACCAUCAAUGGAGAAUUGUAUCCUAAAUGUCAACUCAGUAUCUUAACAAGUAGUGCUAACAUUCUUGGUAAUAACUUUUUAAGAUCAGCUUACAUAGUGUAUGAUUUGGAAGAUAAAAAGAUCUCCUUGGCUCAAGUGAAAUACACUUCUAAAUCUAACAUACUUCCACUUACAUAG